AUCAUCGUUUUGAUGCUUCUUUGAUUUUGGAUCGUUUAUAUUUUUUUCUGCUGAACAGUCUAGGUCAUCCUGGUUUGGUGUCUGAUUUGAUUUGCAGGCAGAUCUGAAUUUCUAACACAGAUUCGGUCUCAAGCUGAUAUAUAAAGCUGUUCCAGUAAUGCAAACACUAGUUUUGCUUAAAGUCAAAUAGAGCAAAGGCUGUACGAGGCAGAGAAAGGCCAGAGGGAGAAGACGUAUACUGAGUCUUUGUGCCAGGGGUUGUGCGCCCCUCUUACUGCUGGUCACCCAUCGAUUCCUGGCUGCCUUCCACCUCUGAUCACAGCUAUGACCUCUCAGAGAGACCCCGGCACGGUGAGUCUACGGCUGAUCCUUGUGAGUGGGAAGACGCAGGAUUUCACUUUCUCUCCAAAUGACUCCGCCACAGACAUUGCCCGGCAUGUUUUUGAGAACUGGCCAGCAGGCUGGGAGGAGGAGAGCGUGAGCAGCCCCAGCAUCCUGAGGCUGAUCUUCCAGGGCCGCUUCCUGCAUGGCAAUGUCACACUAGGUGCUCUGAAGUUGCCCCCUGGCCGAACAACUGUCAUGCACUUGGUUGCCAGAGAGACGCUGCCAGAGCCGAACUCCCAUGGUGUCACUCAAUAUUUGCUCUCUUCUCGUAGGCCAGAGGAACAGGGAGAAGGCGCAUUAGGAGCACUGGCUUCUCUGGAGUUGAUAGUGCUGAAGAUGUACGACCCUCAGUAUAAAACUGAUGAGAGGGAGCCAAACACUCAGCGAAUAGCGUUCGGGAUCACUAUGGAGAUUUCCAGCUAA